CGUUUCUCUCUUUCAGUUCUCUGCCGAUAACCUUAAAAUGGCGUCGGUCCGUUGCCUAUUGGGGUAUUACUUGAAAGCCGGAUCGCGCGAAACGCUUUUCACAAAACACAGGUGCCACCGUCUGCUGAAUUACACCGCGAUACCCUACGACCAUGACAAGGACCCGGCCCCCUUGUUUUUCAGUCCCGACGUGCAGCAACUGCUUUCGGAACUGACUCGGGCAGAUUUCGCUAAAGUGUUCCGCAAACGAAAACUGGGGAGGCAUAAACUGGCGCAACCCGAGUACAAAUUUAUGACGGACAAAGAGCUGAACGAAGCGAUGGAAAAAGCGAAACGAAAAGCGGCCAAACUGUUACAAAUACCGCCAGUUGUGAGCGUGAGAAAACCCGUUGACAGGGUGUUGUCGCGCGAUCCCGCGUUGCUCGGUUUGGACGAAUCGAGAUUCGUUUUCACGGAUAUAACGUACGGUAUUAAAGAUCGGGAUAGAUUAGUCGUGGUUAGAGAACCAGAUGGUACUUUACGAGAAGCAGAAUGGGAACUCAGAAAAAGAGUAAACCAGAUUUAUUUUCCGAUGCGCGGACGCGCACUCAAGACACCGAAAAUGUUCGACGGCGAAUAUUUGGCUGACGUAUUGUCCCGAAAAGAAUACGAAUUUAUUCUGGAAGCCGCUUGCGUCCAGUUUGAACCUGACGAUCCGGAAUAUCAACGUGUGGUGUCCAUCACCUACCAACACAUCAACGACAAUCACGCGUUUGAUUUGUUACGAUCGACGAGGCAUUUUGGGGCCCUGACAUUCUUCCUUGUUUGGAACAAAUGUAUCGACAACCUUCUGCAAGAACUUAUCGGCUCGUUACACUUGGACGAGGCCGUUAAAUUGUUGCGGUUAUAUUCCAAGAUCCACCACGUAGAAUUCGAAGGCUCCGACCAACUUGAACUGUUGGAAGAUUUCGCUAGAAAAUAUUCGGUCAGAAGGGGAGCAUUAGAAUUAGUUAUACAGGCCUGCAGAGAUACGGCGAAGGAGAAAGAAGAAGUGUAAAUGCAUCCCAAACGUUAAGUUAGGUAAAUAAAAU